AUGGAGGCCGCCAUGAUCCCCUUGAUCAAGAAGCUCGGUGGCCUACUCGCCGGCGAGUACAACCUGGAGAAACGCGUGAGGAAGCGCGUCGAGUCUCUGAUCACCGAGUUGGAGAUGAUGCACGCCGUUCUACACAAGAUCGGCGCCAAGCCGCCGGAGCAGUUCGACGAGCAGGUCCUCAUCUGGGCGGGCAAAGUGAGGGACCUCUCCUACCAUAUGGAGGACGCCGUCGACGGUUUCCUCGUGCGCGUGGACGACAUCGACAACGACCGUGGCUCCACCAACAUGAAGAACACAGUCAAGAAGUUCCUCAAAAGGGCUACCAAAUUGUUUACCAAGGGUAAGGCUCUUCAUCAGAUUUCCAAUGACAUUGAAGAAGCUCAGCGGCUCUCCAAGGAGUUGGGUGAGCUGCGCCAAAAGUAUAUGAGUGACGCGGACACCAAAGGUAAUGGUGAUGCCAUUGACCCUCGCCUGAAGGCGGUGUACAAAGAUGUCACAGAACUUGUUGGGAUAGAUCACAUCAGAGAUGGGCUGAUUGAAAAUCUGUGUGACGGCAAUGAGAGGUCCAAGGACCAAUUAAGGACCAUGUCUAUUGUUGGAUUUGGCGGACUGGGCAAGACAACUCUGGCCAAAGCAGUGUAUGACAAGAUCAAAGUGCAGUUUCACAGUCGAGCUUUUGUUUCCGUUUCUCGGAAUCCUGACAUGACCAAGAUUUUCAAGAAGAUCUUAUAUGAACUUGACAAGAGCAAGUAUGCAACCAUCAACGAAGCUGCUAGGGACAAUGAACAACUCAUCGAUGAAAUGAGAAUGUUUCUUCAGGACAAGAGGUACCUUAUUGUAAUCGAUGACAUAUGGGAUGAAAAAGCAUGGGAACUUAUUAAGUGUGCUUUCACUGACAACUGCCUCGGUAGUCGAGUAAUGACUACCACCCGCAUAGCCAGUAUCUCUAAUGUAUGUUGCUCUUCUGGUGAUGAUAUAGUAUAUCGGAUGAAACCGCUUCCUGAUGAUGAAUCCGAAAGACUGUUCUACAAAAGAAUAUUUCCUCAAGGAAGUAAGUGUGCUGAUGAAUUGGAGGAUGUAUCAAGGAAAAUCGUAAAGAAAUGUGGUGGAGUACCACUAGCCAUCAUCACUAUUGCUAGUAUUUUAGCUAGUAAUGGUCAAGAUCAGCACAUAAAGCCAAAGUAUCAUUGGGACAACAUACUUGGCUCUAUUGGUCGUGGACUUGCAGAAGGUGAUAGUGCAAAGGACAUGCAGAGAAUAUUGUCCUUUAGUUAUUACGAUUUACCUUCCCAUUUGAAGACUUGUUUAUUAUAUCUCAGUAUAUUUCCAGAGGAUUUUGAGAUAAGGAGAGACCGGCUGAUAUGGAUGUGGAUAGCCGAAGGCUUCGUGCAAGGUGGAGAACAAGAAACUGGACUAUUUGAGCUUGGAGAGAGUUACUUCAAUGAGCUCGCAAAUAGAAACUUGAUUCAACCAGUACAUGUUGAUGCUACCGGCAAGGCGAAGCUUGUCGCGUGCAUGAUAUGGUGCUUGAUCUGUUAUGUUCCCUGUCUAGUGAACAAAACUUUGCUACAAUAUUAG